AUGAUCGCUAACAAAAUCCUGGUGUCAGGUGACAUCCUGAAGCAGAAGGCGGAGGUUUUCGCGCUUCAGAUGAACGUGAAGGACUUCAAGUUCAGCGAUGGAUGGCUUCGCAAUUUCAAGAGCCACAAUGAGUUGAAGUUCAAGAAGAUGUGCGGAGAAAGCGGCGCCGUCGACGAUUCCGUCGUCGCCGAAUAUCGGGAUGGAAAGCUGCAGUCCUUGCUUCAGCAGUUUCCACCUAAUGAUAUUUUCCACUGCGUCGAAACUGGACUGUUUUACAAGCUGCUGCCAGAGAAAACGCUUGCAUUUGCAGGUGACCCCUGCCACGGCGGCAAGCACAGCAAGGAGCGGCUCACUGUCCUCGUUGGAAGCAACAUGUCAGGCAGCGAGAAGCUUCCGUUACUUGUAAUAGGCAAGUCGAAGCAUCCAAGAUGUUUCAAGGGGGCAGUAACUCUGCCUGUUCUCUAUGAAGCUAACAAGAAGGCGUGGGUAACGCAGCAGCUAUUCGAAGCGUACGUGCGCAAGCUGGACAGAAGGUUCGAGCAGCAAAAUCGAAGAGUUCUGCUGUUUGUGGAUAACUGCGCAUGGCCACAUCAAGGACCUAAAGGUUGUACAGAUUGA